AUGAGCGAUGGUAGAUCUGUAAGUGGUCAGCUAAAGAAGUUUGUGUUUCGUGGCAAAUCUACGACCAACGGCGACACUCGAGGUGAAUAUUUGGAGAUAGUUAUACCGGAACUUCUUACAGCUGGUUACUCGUUCUACACGUGGCCAUCCGCGCCGCUAUUAGCCUGGUAUUUGUGGACGCAGAGGCGGCAUUUGCGCGGCCUCCGUGUGCUAGAGCUUGGCUGUGGCACCGGCUUGCCGGGAAUAUUGGCUGCUAAGUGUGGCGCCCGUGUUACGCUCACGGAUAGUGUCUCUCUGCCUAGAUCCCUAAGACAUUUAUCUGCGUGCUGUGAGGCUAACGGCCUUGUGCCCAAUCGUGACGUAAGGAUCCUCGGACUUGCCUGGGGAUUAUUUUUAUCAGAAGUUCAUUCGUUAAGACCGGUAGACUUACUUCUAGCUUCAGACUGUUUUUAUGAACCUUCUCAGUUUGAGGAAGUAUUAUCGACUGUAACUUACCUCCUGGACGGUACUGACGCGCGAUUUUUAUGUUCUUACCAGGAACGCAGUGCGGACUGGUCUAUUGAGGCUCUGCUGAAGAAGUGGGGACUGAAGGGAGCUCUUCUUGACUUGGAUUCACUGAGUGAGAGCUCAGGAGUCGACUACAGAGCGUUGGUCGGUGAUCGAUCUUUGCAUUUGCUCGAGAUAGUUGCAGUCUAA